AUGUUUAGCUUAGAUACCGAAGAAUUAUUAGCGAAAACCCCGUUUGAAAGGUAAAUAAAUUAUUGUAUUUACACUUCUGAUUUCAUAUUUUUUAUACAUUUCACAAAUUUCACGACAUGCAUAUAUUUAUUCGUAGUCUAACGACAAUGUGUGCUUUAUAUCUUGUUUUUUAGGAGCCCAACAGCUUCUCCGCAGAAGAAGUAAAAUUGAUUUGUAUGCCCCCAAAAUGUUUUCAAUUUUCAUAAGGCCCCGUCUUCUGAAGUCGUAUAAUGAACUAUCACACCGACACGUGGUGUCAACACUAUUGUGGCGACUUCAGUUUUUGCGCCCUGAUUUUUCUGUCUCUGUCUGGUGUGUUAUGCCUUAUAUGCAUUAGGUAUUAUGAUAUAACAGUUACCCUAAAAGUACACAUAACGUUUUACUCUAUGUCCUUGUGUCCUGCAGCUUGAAACAAAGUAUAAAGUAUAUCAAUCCACUAUUACUGUCGUUGCAAUGGAAGUGUUGAUAAAAUAUUGCAUGCGCACCAAUUCAUUACCUAACAUCCAUAAUCAUCCAACAGUGUUAUGUCGAAUAGCUGUUGCUGAAAACAAACUAAUAAAGUAUGGAUUAUAGUGUAAAUAUUCAUGAGAAUAAUUCAUAAAGUAAAUUAAAAAAAAUGAAUGUUUAUAAACAAUGAAUAUUCAUGUCAUUUUUGCAUUUUACAAUAGAACAAUAGAAAAACACUAAAAUAGCAUAGUUUUCAUUACAGAAACAUUGCAAACAGGUAAAGAUAUGGCUACAAAAUGCACCACGCGACCUUUUGAAGGCGAGUUAUAGGCUUAUAGUAUGAAAACUACCUUGUGUCCGGAAACUGGAUGACGAACUGUAUGUCAAAAAUAGUUGAUAAACAUGCACAUUCCAAUGCAACACUGCCGCUCAUGUUGCAAACAGUACCUAUAUGUGCAUGUGUAUUUUAAAUAUGCAUGGUUUGCUUUUUAGGUCAGAUGACUCGGAGCUGAAAUGUCCGGAUUGCUGUUACGCCUGCGAAUCGGAGCAGCAAUUAACAACACAUUUCCUUCAAGCCCACGUGGUAAGAUUUUUCCAUCUUGUGCAUGCAUCAAUAUACCCUUUCGAUAAUACAGUAUAUCGUGUUCUGUAUUCAUCCCGCAAUUCUUGUUACUUUCCGUAAUACAUUUCUAUUAUGUUAUUUGUGUAUAUACUGAAGGAUGGAUAUGAUAGUUCGGAUGCAACAACUGAAGGAAGCCUUACGGAAGGGUCCAGUUUUGAAACGAAUAGUGAGAGGGUAAUUAUAUAAAUCAUACUCAGUAGUUGCAUUCAGGGCCGUAGCAAGCGAAGGGUGACACCCCCUGAUAAUUGCUACCCCUAAAAUCGUACACUGACUGAAAUUUUUUUGGCGAUGGGAGGGAAGGGGGGAGGUCGCCAAAAGAAAAUUUUUGGCCACAAAAUUUUUUCAGGUAAAAUGUGAAAUUUUGAUAUUUUCGGGUAGAUUUAACCAAACACCCCCCUGAAGUGAGUACCUCGUAGGUACUGCGAUUUUCCUUAAUAAUUCCUAAAUUAUUUUAUUGUUAGAUAAUUUGCAACUUGUGAUAUCCUUUAUGUACAGGUGAACAGUUGUGAAAAUUUCAUAAAAAUUGGACUUACAUUAAGCGCAAAGUAGCGAUUCUAUUCUCCGCAUAUAGGCACAAAAGGUGUCCUGUAACCUUAACUCACUGUUCCUUUAUAUAUAAUAGAGUGAUGCUAGUACUGUGGAUGGUCAAGAUGCAAAGGUGUGCAAACACUUAGUUGAAUAUUGCGAUGCAGCCUAUCUAAAAAUGGUGCUUUUGUUUUUUUAUGUACAUGUGAAAAAUCCAGACUGUGAGGAUAAUUUUUACAAAAGUUAAUUACGAACAAAUUACUAUCAUUUCAUAGGAGUGUGAGUGAACUCAUUUUUAUAUAGUUACUGCAUAGUCAACAGGUUUAUUUGUUUUUUUCAACAGACAACGGUAAGUCAUUUAUGUCUCAAUUAUGUGUUUUUGUAACUAGAUGAGUCCAUCAAUAUUGGAAUGUUGCGACCAAGAUGAGUGCUUUCCAGGCGAACCUGUAUUGCCCGUAAUGCAAUCAUCCUGCUAAUUAAGAAUAUAUCCUGUUAUUGCUGCCGCAGCGAGCGAGCAUUAAGCGAGCGAGCAUUAAGCGAGCGAGCAAGGCAGCAGACUAAAAUCGGACAGCUACUCAAAAUCUCAAUCUUGCUGGAGCCACAAAGCAUGUUGGUUGAAAGUCAUUUUACCAACAUGCAACGCUCGGCUAUCAGGGCGGCUAUUUGAAUUACAGUGCUAUUAAAUAUUUACAAUUCUUCACUUUCACACUGUUUUUAAAAGCAAUAUUGCACAGGUAUAAAUCUACAAUAGAAUUAUAAAUGCAGUUAAUUAAUUUGUGAGCGAGUGGUAGUUCAAUACAGAAAGUUUCAGACCCAUUUUGCAUGACAUAACUCAUAUUAAAAUCACUAACGUCACUAACAGGCGACGAACAGUUGGGGAAUUUUUUUCUACAGCCAAUCACUUCUCAGAAAACAGCUGUAAACAACCUAAUUAGAACAAAAUCUUUGUAUUGCUUGUAAACUUGAGUGAAGUAUUGAAAAUUUAACUCAGUUUACAAGCCAGUAAAAUGGAAAAAUCGCUGCAAAUUGCAGUGUUGUCACACCAAAGUUGCAGUCAAGUGUAAACAGGCCUUUGUGUUUAUGGAAGUAAUAUUCACUAAAGCAUAAGCAAGAAUAUAUCAAGUGGAAUCUGUUGAAUUAAUCGCUGUUUUUACAGUGUGCGUACAAAUUCAAACGACAAAUACUAUCGGAUUUUAUAUUAAGUCUAAUACUGCUAUAUUUCACUAUAUUUUAGAUAGUAUUUUAGAUAGUAUUUUAUUCGCAGUUUUAUAGGCUACGCUUCAAAUUUUGUAUUUGUAUAUUUCGUAUAUGCGAUAACACAUAUUUGAUUUGUAAUCACUACAAACAGUAUUUUAAAACGUUCAUGGCGUGUGCUUCUUAAAGGCAGCAUUUACUACAUUUUAGGUAACCUAGUAUAUAUGUUAUAUGGCCAUAGUUAAUGGCUAACAUGAUUGGCAAAACAAAAACCGAUAUAAAUUAUUACUAAUAUUUUUGAUUAUUUUAAAUAACUGAACGGCGAGCUUUUGUUUAGAACCAAUCUUCAGUUCAUUCUGCAAAAUCACGGGUUCAGCAAAAGAAAAAAGGAAAGAAGAGAGUUGCUUUAAAAAGGUAUUCUCAAUUGACAAGUAUAUGCUUUCAGUUAUAUUUUGCCAACAUUACAUAAUUAUUAGUACAUGCCAAUAACUCAUUUUUGGGUAUAAAUUUUCUGUAAUAUUUGAAAAUAGGGUGGGAGGAAUUACUAAGAGGGAACCAGCCUGAGCAUGCGAUAAUUUGUAUUUGUAUUUUCAAAAGAGUAUAACAUUUAUAUUAAUGCAAAAUCAGUAUAGAUAGUAGAAACUUGAUACUUUUUAUCUCAAUUUCAUAUCAUAUUUCAAUAUUUUUUUGCCAGGAAACAAUUACAAUUAAGUAAAAAGGAUGAGGGUAAGCACUUCCCAUUUUUAAAACCAUAUACUAUAAAUUGUAUAAAUCUAAGUAUCGGUACAUGCAUUCUGCAGACAUGUAUGCUUUGGCGUCCAUGACACAUCUAUAUUGUACAUUAAAUUAUAUCACCCAUAACAUUCAUUGAAAUAUCAAGUGGAUCAGAAUGCAAAGGUGACUUACAGGUCUGUAAUAUACCAAAUUUACGUGUAUAACAGAGGGGUAAUGAUUUGAAACACAGUUUGAUUUUAAAAACUAUUCCUUUUAAAUAUUAAGGAUGCCGUGAACUUCAGUCGUAUCACCAUGCACCAAAGGAAUAGGGUAGAAAAUGAAGAAAUUGGUCAAUCCAGCAAUGCAUGCUCUGCUAUAUAUCAGUGAGAGAAACGAUUUAGCAAAUCCUAUUUCUGUAAAUUAUUCGAUUAUUUUGUCUGAAUUCAAUUGAAUCUAAUAACCUAAUAUCAAACUUUUAAGGUUUGCAGUAUUUCCCCAAGGUUAAAUGUUGAAGAGAUGUCUGUAAGUGAUGAUAUUGUUAGGUAGGUCGAUUUUUAUAAGUCGCUUUGUGUUUGAAGCUGAUCUUUUUAAUUUUAUUAAAAAGCAUUCUAACAUAAAAUGCUCCAGCAUGGGGCGAUAAAAAAUUUGAGAGACGUGGUUUUGAUAAUAUGUUUUGAUAAUAUGUUUUAGUAAUGAUGAUAAACUAUUUGGCUGUUCAUCCGAUGAGAUUGCGGUAAAAGGGCUAUUCAACUCAUCUAAGACAAUGCCCUUUAAGGGCAACCCAAACAUCCUGAAAAUGUGUCCUUUGAGCAAGAAUCCAACCAUAGAACAAAUAGUAGCAACCCUGUUGAUGGCAUCUCCUAUGACUGCGUGCACUGAAGUACCAAAUCGAUGUCAGGAAAAUGCAGCAUUUGUGUUGGAUAAUUUAGAACUUGGUGAUUGCUGUCAUGAUUUCAAAAGUGAUGAUCUCGGGAAAUUCAAAAACACCGGUGUGCAGCAUUGCUAUGUUUCGGUAGUAAGAAACACAAAGGGCAAAAUAUCUUCAAUUAAAAAACUUUCCAGUAAACCCCAUCGAAUGGUAAGUGGGAUGUUUUAUGUGAAGAGAACUUAUUGGAAGCACUCGGUAGAUAAAGAUUUCACAAAACGGUACUGUGAAAUGUUUGAUGACGAAGGUAACAGGACGCGGUUCUCUUUACUCAUGUACUGUUUUGAAAAUGAAGAGCAUACGAUUACAGUUCCACCCAAAAAAGAGCAAAGGAUGCAAAGCCGUACCUUCGCACAAAGCCAAGUGUUGUGCUUGAAAUGAAGAAAAGAUUGCAAAAUAAAAAGAGACAGAGUGUUGUUUACGAUGACGUGUUUGAAUUAGGUGGUGGAGUGAUGGGAAUGAAAUCAACGUCAUCAGUUCCUAGAAACGUUGAACAAGUAAAGAACAUUAACCGUAAUACCACUGCUGGAGGAAAGUUAGAAUCGGCAAAGAAAGACAAACUUUUCCUUUUGAUUUCAAAGGGGAAAGACGAGGAAGAUAGUGGCAAUGCUUUCCUAAGAAACGUCCAAGCAUCUCCAUUUCCAGCGUGUGUUCUUGCUUCUAACGGUCAGCUAGAGGAAAUAGUAAAACACUGCACGAAUCCAGAUAAUUUUAGCGUGUUAGGAAUUGAUACAACGUACAACAUAGAUAACUUUUACGUUAGACUGACAACUUACAGGCACCAAAUGCUCGAAAUGCGACAGGGAAAAAAUUCUAAAUGUCCCACUAUGCUUGGACCAGUUCUUCUUCAUCAACGGAAAACAAGCACUGCGUUUAGUUAUUUUGCUGAUACGAUUGCAAAUUUGCAACCAGACACAAAGAACGUUCUUGCUGUUGGGACCGAUCGAGACGACGCUUUGAAUGGUUUCUGUUCGAAAUUCCCCAUAUCAAGCCGACUGCCCUGCAUUAAACAUUUUAAGGACGAUAUUGUGUCAAAGCUUGCAUCUUUGGGUAUAAAGAGUCCCUUCAAAGAACAGAUUUUAGCAGACAUAUUUGGCAACAGUUCUGCUAAAGAAUUGGGACUUGUAGACAAAGAAAGUGGCCACGAUGUAGAUGAUGCCCUUUUUCUUCUGAGAGAAAAAUGGAACGACAGAGAAAAGGCAUCUCAAGGAACUGAUGAUGUUGUGUUCUUUGAUUGGUUUGUGAAGUAUCAAGUCAAUGACCUUAUAGAUGGACUGUUGUAUCCUCUUCGACGAGAUGUUGGAUUGGGGUACGACUUUUUCUACAACAAUGCCAAUGAAUCGGUUAAUGAAGUCAACAAAAAAGAAGCGGAAUGCAACAAAAAAGGAUGGAUUGACUGUAUUGAAGUAAUUAGAAGUAUUACCGACCGUCAAGAAAGAAAUGUCCAACGAGCUAUAGUUGACCAGGGACCCUAUAAGCUAAAAGAAGAGUACCACCACCUUCAAAUUGACGCGGACAAGUGGUGUGAAGCAGAUGACAUCGAAAGAUAA